AAUACCCGGCGGUAACAUAAUCAUGUAAAUAACUGCGGUAUUUAAGGUAUUGCAGUUUAUAUUAACAAUCACUUUUGCAAACGCGGCAGUCAGGAACGUACGAGAUGAGGAUAACAAUUGCCUUAUGUGUUCUUGGACUUUGCACAGGGGCAUUUGGUUGUUGGUGGUCACUUAGAAAGGAGGUUUGUUACGAAGCUGACGGAAUCGGAUGCUUCAGCAACGCCAAACCAUAUGACAACGCCAAUUGUAUACUUCCAGAGUCUCCAAAUGCUAUUCAGGUCAAGUUCCUGCUGUACACCCGUGCGAACACCCAGUCGCCUCAGAUUGUAAAUAAAUCUUCAAACUCCAUAAAGGCGUCGCGUUUCUCCAGCACCAGAAAGACUAAGUUCAUCAUCCACGGCUACAAUGAUGAACACGGUCCAUGGAUGAGCAAAAUGGCUCAGGCUAUAAUCAAAAGGGAAGACGCAAAUGUGUUUGCAGUGGAUUGGUCGAAAGGAGCUGACAAUAUCAAUUACAAUCAGGCAGCGGCGAAUACCAGGGUCGUCGGGGCUCUGAUUGCGCAAUUUAUAACACAACUUCGAACCACUACGCAGGCGCAAUAUGGCGAUUUCCAUUUGAUUGGUCACAGUCUUAGUGCCCAUAUUUCCGGUUACGCCGGUGAAAGGAUUUCCAGAAUCGGUCGAAUAACCGGCCUUGAUCCGGCCGGUCCCCAGUUCGAGAAAAAGGACCCCAAGGUUCGUCUGGACCCUACAGAUGCUUUGUUUGUCGACGCCAUUCAUACGGACGGCGACUCACUCAUUCAACUUAGUUUCGGGCUUGAGCAGCCAGUAGGUCACGUGGACUACUACCCUAACGGCGGAGAAAAUCAGCCGGGCUGUUCCAAAGAGUUAGGGCAACAUUGGUUCAACCUUAUAACAGGGGGCAUUGGAGCGUUGACCGACAGUGUUGCUUGCAGUCACAUGCGCGUCCUUGACUUAUUCACCGAGUCCAUCAACUCCAACUGCAACUUCCGGGCGCAACCGUGCAGCAGCCGCGCUGACUUCCAGGCCGGCAGGUGUAAAACGUGCGGUGCCGGAUGUGCAAACAUGGGCUACAACUCCAACAGCAAGCAACCGCGUAACGGAACCUACUACCUUUCCACCAAUGGCGAAAGUCCUUACUGCAAAGGCUGAAUGACGAAAUAAGCGAGGACCUUGCUGCCAUGGCUAAAUGACUCUUCUGACUAGUUGCUUGUUUUCCUUACUGCCAAUCUUGAAUUACGAAAUUUCCAAUACCUUCUUGACAACGCUUAAGACGAAUUCUCUCGAGUUGCUGAUUUUUGAACGUAGAAUAUAAUGUCUUUGUAAUAUAGGUUUCACUAAAGUAUACUCCCUGU